GGGGGGGGGCGGCGCGGCGCGGAGCGGACGUCACAUCCGGUGGCGGGCGGAGGGGGAAGAUGGCGGCGGCCGACGUGCUGGAGUACAACGAGGUGUUCCUGGAGCAGAAAGGAAGCCUGGUGGACGGACGCCUCCGACUCAGCCGCCAGAACAUCGUCUUCAAGAACAGUAAGACGGGGAAGGUCGACAGUGUGCUGGCCUCCGAGGUGCGUGACGGGGUCUGGAGGAGAGUCGCCCGCGGCUACGGCCUCAAGCUCCAGCUGCACAGCGGGGGCCUCUACAAAUAUGACGGCUUCCGCGAGUCGGAUUUUGACCGGAUGUCGGAGUUUUUCCGGAGCAAUUACCAGCUGGAGCUGCAGGAGAAGGACUUGUGUGUGAAGGGUUGGAACUGGGGUACCGCACGUUUCAGCGGGCAGCUGCUGUCGUUUGACAUCGGCGACCAGACGGCCUUCGAGAUCCCCCUGACCAAUGUCUCACAGUGCACCACGGGCAAGAACGAGGUGACGCUGGAGUUCCACCAGAGUGACGACGCGCAGGUCUCCCUCAUGGAGGUUCGCUUCUACGUCCCCCCCUCGCAGGAGGACGGCGCGGACCCCGUCGAGGCCUUCUCCCAGAAUGUCCUGUCACAGGCCGACAUAAUCCAGGCGACGGGUGACGCCCUCUGCAUCUUCCGGGAGCUGCAGUGCCUGACCCCUCGCGGCCGGUACGACAUUCGGAUCUACCCUACCUUCCUGCAUCUCCAUGGAAAGACCUUUGACUACAAGAUCCCCUACACAACCGUCCUUCGCCUCUUCCUGCUCCCGCACAAGGACCAGAGGCAGAUGUUCUUCGUGAUCAGCCUGGAUCCUCCAAUCAAACAAGGGCAGACACGGUACCACUUCCUGAUCCUGCUUUUCUCCAAGGAUGAUGAGCUGAGUCUGACACUGAACAUGAGCGAAGAGGAGGUGGCGAAGAAGUUCGAUGGGAAGCUGACCCGGGAUAUGGCAGGCCCCCUGUACGAGGUGGUCAGUCGCAUCAUGAAGUCCCUGGUCAGCCGCAAGAUCACUGUGCCCGGUAACUUUGUGGGCAACUCAGGCGCGCACUGCAUCAGCUGCUCGUACAAGGCCAGCUCGGGCCUGCUGUACCCGCUGGAGCGCGGCUUCAUCUACGUUCACAAGCCGCCCGUCCACAUUCGCUUCGACGAGAUCUCCCACGUCAACUUUGCCCGCGGCACCACCACCACCCGUUCCUUCGACUUCGAGAUCGAGACCAAGCAGGGGGGCCUGUACACCUUCAGCAGCAUCGAGAGGGAGGAGUACGGCAAGCUGUUUGACUUUGUCAACGCCAAAAAGCUGAACAUUAAAAACAGAGGCAUGAAGGAGAGCAUCAAGCAGACCUACGACGACUACGCCGACUCGGACGACGACCAGCACGACGCCUACCUGGAGCAGGUGAAGGCGGAGGGCAGGAUCCGCGAGGAAACGGCCAACGACAGCGACUCCGGCGACGAAUCGGACGAGUCCUUUAACCCAGGGGAGGAGGACGAGGAGGUCGAUGAGGAGUAUGACUCCAACGCCGCAGGGAGUUCGUCCAGCAGCCAGGAGGACCAGAGCGAAGACGAGAGGGCCAAGAAAGUCCCAGCCAAGAAGCCAAAGAUCGUCAAGGAGAAAGCCCCCAAGAAACGGUCUGAGGGUAAGAAGGGAAAGGAGAAAGACCCGAGUGCUCCCAAGCGGCCGAUGUCUGCCUACAUGCUGUGGCUGAACGCCAACCGGGAGAAGAUUAAAUCGGACAAUCCUGGUAUCAGUGUGACGGAACUGUCCAAGAAGGCAGGGGAGUUGUGGAAGGCCAUGUCCAAGGAGAAGAAAGAGGAGUGGGACGGAAAGGCGGUCCUUGCGAAGAAGGAGUACGAGAAGAAGAUGGAUGACUACCGGCGCAGCGGGAAGGCAGAAGCCUUCAAGAAGAAGGACUCCCCCAAGAAGUCGAAGGGGAAAGUGGAGAAGACGAGCUCUCGGACGACGUCCAAGAGCCCCGUCAAAGGGGUCAACGACAGCUACAAGAGCAAGGAGUUCGUGUCCAGCGAUGAGAGUUCGUCGGGCAGCGAGGAUUCAGAAAAGGGCGCCACCUCCUCUGAGGAUUCGGGGUCGGACUAGGCCGUGGGGCAGAGGAAUUUCUGCCCCGCACCCGUUGUUGUCUUCGCUCCGGGGCGGAGUGAAGUGGGGGGGGGGCCAGGACUGUGGAAACCCUCCCCCCGGUUGAACAGAAUAAAGGAAGUCUUUUUUUUUUGUAA